CCUUUUCUGAAAUAUUAAGCUUACUGACGUGUCUGUUGAGUUCCGAGCUGUUCAGCCAUAGUAGAGCUUCUCUUGUUAUUAUGCAUUCGUAGAGGUAUUUUAUUUGGUGUGUGCGUGUUUGUAAAUGAUGAUUUUUUAACAUCUUCUUGUGUGUCGGCUACCCGAGGCGGGUCGGCGUGAAUGGCCCGCUGCCCCAUUUCUGUUACGUUGAAAAAACGGGAACUAAUUACAAAACCAAAUCCACUAAGGGAUGGACCCGAGGGUGGCCGAACUGUUUGGAUCAGGUGCCGGUCUCAUGUCGGCGGCACCUAUGCUCGGACCAGGCUCGGUUAACGGCCUUGGGUUGCUGUCCAAAAAAACGGGCUCCAAAAACGGCAAAAAGGCGAAGAAUCGAGCAACGCGAAACACCAAAUCUAACAAGAACCCGCCAUAUCUACCUCCCGAGGCUGAAGAAGGAAACAUAGAGUACAAGCUGAAGUUAGUUAACCCUACACAAUAUCGAUUUGAGCAUCUGGUGACGCAGAUGAAGUGGCGACUUCAGGAGGGCCGUGGUGAGGCAAUCUAUCAAAUUGGUGUGGAGGAUAAUGGCUUACUUGUAGGCCUUUCUGAAGAUGACAUGCGAGCAUCUCUUAAAACUCUACGCAGAAUGGCUGAGAAAGUUGGUGCUGACAUCACAGUGUUGCGAGAAAGGGAGGUGGAUUAUGAUUCAGAUAUACCCAGAAAAAUAUCGGAGGUUUUGGUACGAAAAGUACCAGAUGACCAGCAGUUCUUAGACUUGAGGGUGGCCGUUCUUGGCAAUGUUGACUCUGGAAAGUCAACUCUUCUUGGUGUACUGACGCAGGGAGAAUUGGAUAAUGGACGGGGACGUGCACGCCUUAAUCUGUUCAGACAUCUUCAUGAAAUUCAGUCAGGCAGGACCUCAAGUAUCAGCUUUGAGAUCCUCGGCUUCAACAGCAAAGGGGAGGUAAAGAUGAAAACUGCUGAAUAUCUAAUGCCUCUUUUUUCAGGAAAUGCCAUUAAACAAACCAUAAACUAUUUUAAUUGGCAUGCUUGAAGAAUGAAAUGACUU